UUUUACUUUACCAAGUCUGGUCUUUCGUUCACACAGGUUUCGUUUGAUAUAAUUUUAAUUUUAAUCUCGACCUCUUCCCAACUUCGGUCAAGGCACUCCUUGACAGCAUGAAGUUGACAAUCUACCUGACCAGUGUUCUCGCCGGCACCGUUCUUGCCUUCCCCGGCAUGAAAAAUUUAAUGAGAGAGCUCGCCAAACGACAAGCAACAGGAGCACCAGCGCCAGAGAUGAUCGGAGACUUGGUUCAAGGAGCAACAACUCCAGUAGGGAAUCAAGUCAAAAACUGCUUGCUUGGUACCGGAGCUUGUCAAGAUCUGACAACCAAAACAUACAAAGCUCCAGACUUGCUCAGUCUCUCAUGCCUUCAAGAUACCUGCUGCGUCUGGGACUAUAUCUCAAACGAUCUUGUACAAAUGUUCACCAAUUCCAAUGGUACUUGCAAUGAUGCCGCCCGGGCAGCCGUCCGUCUCGGCUUCCACGAUGCAGGUGCAUGGUCCAAGACCUCUGGAUCCGGUGGUGCAGACGGAUCCCUCGUCCUCAGCAUCGACGAAAUCAAUCGCCCCGAAAAUAACGGAAUGCAAGAUAUUCGUCUCAAAGCCAUUGCUUUACUCGCCAAAUAUGCAGCCUGGAGCGUCGGAGCUGGAGAUCUCGUGCAAUUCAUGCACAACGUCGCCACCGUCGUGUGUCCUCUUGGCCCGCGAGUCUUGACGCUCGUGGGACGUAGCAACAAUGUCUUGAGUAACCCGGAAGGACUGCUUCCAGACACGAAUUCGUCGGCAGGUCAAUUGAUCGAUCUAUUUGCGGCGAAGACCAUUAAUUCCAAAGAUCUGAUUGCACUUAUUGGAGCGCAUACAACCGCAAAACAGCGCUUUGUUGACACGACUAAAGCAGGACAAUCGCUGGAUUCGACUCCUGGAGUUUGGGAUGUGAAGUUUUAUAGUGAGGUUACGACAACAAGCCCUCCUCCUGGGGUUUUCCGCCUUCCUAGCGAUCAGGCCUUCGUCAAUGAUGCAGAGACAAAUCCAGGCUUUGGAGUCUUCUCGGAUCCAACGAAUGGGCAAGCAAUAUGGAAUGCUGCUUACUCCACGGCUUAUGUUCGCCUUUCUCUUCUCGGAGUAAAUAACAUUAACAAGCUCAUUGAUUGCACGAAAACUUUGCCAAAUCCAAUCACGAGUUUUCCUUGAGUAAUGGGCAUAAUGUUUAAGGAGUUUUUUAGGCGUUAGUCGUUGCAAAACUCGAUGGCUCUGGCUACAUUAUAUGUGGAAGCAGACGUUGGGUUGAAUGGGGGAUAGUACUACGUUAUUGUAUAAUGAAUCUAUAUAAUUGAGCCUGGG